GAUCGUCGUUUAGUGUGCUCCCUUAGUGCUUCUCUGCCCAAGCAGCGGGGAGCCCUUUCAAACAUUUCCUUCUGAUAAAUGUAGUGAUCUAUAGUGUUGUAACUUCGGUACAAGGCAGCUUAUGCCAAGAAAUCAACUACCUCAGGGACCUAGCAUCUAAGUGAAAAAAAUAAAACAUUUCGUAAUCAACGUACAAGUGCGUGCAAGUGAACUCUAUCUACCUCUGAUCGAUAUAUGUACUAGUUAGAACGCAGUGAAUCUCUCAGGGUGUGCCGUGAACAUUAUGAGACUAUGAAGAAUCUGAAUACUUCGUUCCACAUGGGACGUCAUUCUGCCGCAGCGAACCAAAUCCGGCCCAGUGACAAGUGUUAGUAGGAUCUUCUACAUCGUAACCAACCGACCGACUCAAGCCCCAUGUGCUCACACAACCACACACACUCCAUUGUGAUAUGUCCCUCUAGGAAGGAGCCGCUCCUCACCCCUCGAGGAUCAUCACCCUCUUACAGACGAGUGUAAUCUAAUGCAUUUUAAUCAGCGCAAACAACAAGACUUGAAGAACUCCAACAAGUUCUGCAUUUUUUUUCUUUCGCUGACCACGCCGCCAUCUCGUUUCGCCUCCCGGUCCCGUCGGCGGCCACACGCGGUUCGUGCUAGAAUAGAAUAAAUAAAACAUCACUUCGAGAGUGCGGCGAUUGGCCGACUCUUGGGUACCCUCUGGGGGAAACUUCAAUCCGAGGGAACCACCAACCCCGGCAGCAGUCACUCCAGAAGAAACCGACCGCAUCCACAAACGCGGGGAACAGAUAUAGUUGGAGAUGUUCUGAAAAAGUUCGCGAGUGAGUGAAAUAGCGAAAAAAACGUUCUCGACCCAUCGCGGAAAAGGGAAGCCAGAGCAAGCGACGCGGUGAAACGCGCUGCCGCGGACGCCAACAAACCUAAAAUUUAACCUUGAGUUAAACAUAUCAUUUUUUUUCGCUAGUGAUUCGCAAAUUUGCGAUCUCCACACGCGAACUGCGACGAGGGACAACAGAACAACGUCGCGCCGCACCCACGUCCUCCCCUCUCGAGUGGAUCGCGAAUACAACCCUCGUCGUCAAACCAACCGCGUCGCGUUUCGCGCAUUGCCACAUCGCCGCCGCCGCCUUACUGCUCUAAACGCUAAGCCAACAUCAGUUUGACUCCCCGCGAAGUUCCGACGCUCGCGAUCGAAUCCCGCGCCACCAUUUGGCCACGGCUCUUCGGUAUCAUUUUCUAUUCCCCGCCCCAACACAACAAACUGCGGCGACGAAGGGGGAUUCUGACUGAUUUUACAUUCGCGACACAUAUUCGCUAAGCACAGUGUGACACACGAAGAAGAAGAAAAGAAGAAUAGUUCGAAGAGGAAGAAGAUUUGCCAAAACCAUUAACGGCGGCAGCAGCAUCAGCAUUCGCAGCGGCAGUAAACGAGACAGCAACCGAAAGUAAAACUUUGUUGUAAAGUUGAAGGAACAGCACUGACACAGGAACAAUGGACCAGCAGUAUUGCUUACGCUGGAACAACCAUCAAUCCAACCUGACAACCGUGCUCAGAACCCUGCUGGAAGAUGAGAAACUGUGUGAUGUCACGCUGGCCUGCGAUAAUGGAAUUGUCAAAGCACAUCAAGCGAUACUGUCGGCGUGCAGUCCGUACUUUGAACAGAUCUUCGUCGAGAACAAACACCCGCAUCCUAUCAUCUACCUGCGCGAUGUCGAGGUCAGUGAAAUGCGCGCCCUGCUCAACUUCAUGUACCAGGGCGAGGUGAACGUUGGCCAGCACAACCUGCAGAACUUCCUCAAAACGGCGGAGAGCUUAAAAGUACGAGGUCUCACCGAGAGCAGUGCCGACCGGUACGCAUCCGAAGCCGACAAAAGCAGACCCGACCGGUCGAGGGUUGACUCGCGAGAUGGACGCGACUCGGUCCCCCCAACCAGUGUCACCACCAACAACAACACCAUCAACAGUAACAACAAUAACAACAACAACAAUAAUAACAACAACAACAACAAUACUCUCCACCACCCGCUGCAGCGGGACAAAGAACUACGUGAACGGGAAGAGCUGAGGGAACGGGACAGGAGGGAGGCCCAUCGGGAACUGCAGAGAGAACGGGAACUGCAGGCGCGAGAACACCAGCGCAGUGCCAGUGCCGAUCUGCUCACGCCGAUGACCGACGACUGCCGUUACUCCCCCUCGGACGACCGGGAAAUGUCGGUAGUAGACAGUAAGAAAAAACGUAAAAUGUCCACCUGUGAUAACUCUUUGCCCUCGACACCGAGCCUGAUGAACGAUCGACCGGGUGGAUACGAAUCGCAGGCGUCAUCACACAGUAGUAUCAAGCUAAGUCCAAAGCCAGACGACGAGUUCAAAGUCAGCUCACCAGCCCCGAUGCAUUCGCUCGCCAGUCAGAUCAAACAAGAGUACUCUGACCUGCCCAGUCGCCAUCACCCACUGCAUCCAGAGCUAUUGCCGAAAAAUGUUUGGGGAAGUGAAUCCACAUCAGCAUCGUUGUCGGCCGGCAAAGCGAUCGCUACUUCUUCCUCCACAUCACAGCCAUCGCCGUCGACGUCCACAGCCUGUAAGCCUUUGAUGACGACACUAACCGGCCAAACGCUUAUUACUGCCAUAAAAGAGGAGUCCCCCUCCUCCUCGACCACUCAAGACCACCACAAACACCAGCAGUUGCUUUCCUCGCUGGCUGAACUUCAGCACCUGAAGCAGCAACAGCAGCAAUCCAGUGUACAAAAUCAGCUACAGCUGUCCCAAAGUACAAUAUCGAUCAUUUCGAACGCUGCGGCUGCCACUCCAAGCUUUACCAGCUGGAGCAGCCCAUCGAACCUGCAUCGUUACCUCCUUCAACAGCAACAGCAGCAACAACAACAGCCCCCUCGUGGAUCUUCAAGUAGUGCCAGUGCAACCGCCGAGGAAUCCCUCCUAGAGGAAAUGAUCCGUCCCUCGACGGUGCACACCAAACCUCACACACCCCGCCAAACGUCCCGCGGCGGGCGUGAUCCCUCCACAACCCCGUCCUCCCGCAAAGGUGGCCGUUUUCGGCCGAACUGGCUCGAACAGUUCGACUGGCUCAAGUACGACGAGGAGAAGAACUACAUGUACUGUGCCUUCUGUCGGCGGUGGAGCAACGACAUACCCGACAUACGCACCUCGUUCGUUGAGGGCAACUCCAACUUUCGGCUGGAGAUCGUCAACCAUCACGACAAGUGCAAGGCCCACCGAUUGUGCAAGGAACGCGAACAGCGCGAAGUGGAACUCACCCAAAUGGAAACGGACCAGGACCGGGGUGGCGGCGGUGGCGGUGUAGGUGCCGCAACUUGAGCCUCGUCCCCCUGGCCGGAAAGCAAUCGCGGCGAUGAGGAGGAGGAGGUGAAAGUGGAAUUUUGUGAUAAUCCAAAACCCCGUUCCCGUGGAAGCGCCAUCGCGCCAGAACUAGACCUUCUGGCGACUUUCUAAAUCUAUAGAGACAGAGAAAUGUUUAUCUUUAUAUUAGUUGUUAAGUGUUUUGGCUUGUAUUUUGAGACAUUUUAGCAGGUGUGCUAAAAUCACGAAUCGCGCUGGUGAAAUUUUGCAGCGGAUUUUCAUUCUUACCAGUAGCGCGAUGCAAACAUGAGUAGGUUGGUAGGUUAGUUGAACUUGAGAGGACCCUUACCGCCUAGCGGAUGAUGAAAUAUAUUUUGUGUCAAAAGAACUGUAAGCCCUUCAGUACCAUAGAGGAUUACCGAAUAAAUGAACAGUGAUGAAU